AUGAUAGUACCCAAGAUUCCGAGGGCAGUGUUAAGAGAACAAUACGAGGGUGACGUCGAGCCAGAUGAAAUCGACUUGAUUCAUGAGUUCGAGGAGGGUUUCGAUAGGGCAGAUUUUAGGGCGGAAUUCAGCCCGAGUCCGAACCUCGAAGGGCCGCAACCGCAACCAAGGGAUAACGUCUCCCGAAAUUUCCCAACGGCCAGCUCAUCGCCGCCACGUGCACGAACAAACAACGACGUGGACACACAAUCGAGCAACUAUAAAUCGCUCGGUGUAGGAGCGAAAGACUUGUCCCUAACGCCCACGGUUAUUCAAGGGAUGGGAAUGUUUGGGAACAACGUGGAUGAUAUUGCUAGUGACGUUACCACCAGUACGACAUCACCGGUUAAUUGUACGACAGUAGUCUACGCCUUUCCCGAAGAGGAUCGUGUCGUUGUUGGAUAUAUCAAUGAAUGGAUCAAUGCAUAUUCGUUCAUAUCGAAAAAUCAAGAAAAGUUCUACCUCUAUAUCAUAGUAUCGGUCACCGCCGGUAUUCUAAUUUUUUUGGGCUUGGUGAUUGGCCGUCUCCUGGUCAGCCGUCAUCGCGCAAAGAGAGACGCGAAGUUCCAUGCUAACAACGAGGCACUUCCCAAUGGAUUCACCGACGAUAUUUCGGAGAUCGAUGCUGAUAUUGAUCUCACAACGCCAGUGCCAGUUCCGAUGCAAGAUACACGAAUUCCGGAGACCCAAUUGGCCGAGCGACUCCACGGGGACCGUUAUUACGCGGACACAAGGAUACCCUUAUCGCCCACCACAAUUCACCCACCACCGGGUCACCACGCAGCCAAUACGGGCGUGAGGGUGGACCUGGGCAACCACAUGGUCGGCACCGACAGCCUGCACACGAUCCUGCGCCCGGAGAACCCGCGGAGCCUGAACACCAAAAGCUACUACUACGGCUGACAGGAGGAAGGGGUUGUCCCGCGCGAGGGACGACCCUCGUCCUUGAGCCCGGUACCGGAAGUGAGCACGCGGAAGUACUGCUUUUAAUUCGAGAUGCCGAGAUUUUCUGAAGGACAACCACCGUACGGAGCCGCUGUAAAACUACGUUCGUCGAUCAAUUGUCGUCCCGUCGAACAGAAGGAUCCCGGCACUCGCGCUUGGUACCGGAGACUAGCACCAGUUGGUGAUGUUUUUUAUACUUUGUCUCCGAGGCGAACGGACUUCAAUUGCGGAGAGGAACGUUUAUUUUCAAUCUCGUAGACCCAGUGGAUCACGAUACUCUCGAUUCUCACAGUCGGGAUGGUAAUCUCGUGGCUGAACACUUCGUUGCCGGAAGUGGCGAAUCGAUUAAACGUCAUUAGGAUCAGGAAUUCGUAGAUUAAAACGUAUCGAGUGCUGAAGUUGACAAUGAACGAACUGCACAUUUCUCGCGGAAAUCGUUUCAGGCGUGCCUGUGUUCGACACCGGAAGUGAACGAAUCUCGCAGACAGCUGUUGCAGCGGCGAUGGUUGUAAAUACGAUUCUGACGCUGAGAUUUCAUGGUGUUCCGAUUGACGAUCGCGAGAUUUCACGGGAAACAGGGUUGGGAAACACGUCGAUAAAUUGUUCGGUGGCCGAGCGAGCAGAAGAGAACAUUGAAAAUUAUUGUUGUUGAAGAUGCUGUUAUUAUUGAGAAAUACUGUUUUUAAUCGAGAGACGUACUAGUUAUGUAGCGCUGGAUUAUGGGAUAGAGGAAUAUAAGUAUGUUGAUCGUGAACGAAGAGUUAAAGAUUUUUAAUGCGCGGAGCGUUCGUCCUGCAUCCGGUACCGGAAGUGACCACCCGAGACGUUGAACUUGAUGGAGAAAUACGAUUGUAACUGGAUUACGAUAGAUGAAUGAAACUCUCGGACGACGACGAGGAGUUUUUGGAGAAGUGAAAGGGAAUUGACGUUGAUUAUAUUCUUUUCUCAAUCGUACUUCAGGCAUCUGAAAUUUAUUUGACUUCAAGUUAAAUUUCUUGUACACUUAAGAUGGUGAUGUUGCUCAGAUACAAGAAAUUAGAUAUUUUUUGUAACGUGACAAGUAGCUCCGUGGAAGUCUGCAUUUAAUAGAAUCACUUCUAUUUUCGUAAGUCAGGCGUUCACUUUGAACUAAGAGGAAGUUUUUUUAUUUGGAACUAAUCAUUUCAGUGAUGACAUAAUAUGAUCUUGAAAUCAAUUGACACUGCCCGUUCAACGGUAAUAACAAUGACAAUGUCUAUAGAAGUAGAUCGAUAUUCUGCAUACAUACUACAAAAUAAUUUUCAUUAAGUUAUAUACGCACAAGUUUAAAAUUAAAGAAUCUUGUUUCUGUAUUUCUUUUAUGGAAAAAUACAUAUCCACACAAGUUACUUGAAACAAUAAAGAAUCCUAUUGUGCUUCCAGUACAAUCGAAGAUUUAUUGCUGCCAAAUUGGGAGAAAAUUACUGCCUAAUCUAUGAGAAAAACAGCGGGUUCUUUGUUAAGCACGUUUCUGAAUAUCAUCGACCUUGUGAUGGUUUAUGUAUUCUCGCCCAUGAUAACACAAAGCGCCGAUAAUAAAGAAUCCGAUAAUAAUGUUAUAUUACAAAUUUCGUAGUGUUUUUCUCGCUAACAAGACUAAUUGAAAAAUAGAACUGAUUUAUAAAAUUAAUUAAAAUGCGAGAUAAUUAUUACAUCUUAUUUUUUUGGAAGAGGAUUUAAAGUAUUCAACAAAUAUAUACUUCCUUCGUACGUAUUUAGUUGUCUGGUAAAUAACCAGAAUACAAAAUAAAAGAAUGUGCUCAUUUUGGUUAUACCAUUUUAAAACUUAUUGGAACAAAUUAGUAAAUAAUUACUCAAUGUCGCCUAGUAACUAUAUUCACUGACAGCAUUUUCAGUAAUCUCUUAACAGAAGAAUUGCAUUUAAUAAAUAAUUAGUUAACUAACUGUAAUAAUUUAUUUACUACAAAUGUACUAAUGAAAAGUAUACAGCAACGUAGUAUUGUUGAUAUUUUAUAAUUUUUACAAAUCCAUUAUUAUUUACCACGAGAAAACGAAAUAAAAUAUGCAACAGUUAAUUCAUUUCAUUGAACAAUUUUUUCAUAGAAAGUGUCAUUCUGUCCAUUCCAUGAUUAAUCAACGAGUAAUUCACAAAGUUCAUAAUUAAUUACUUCAAGGUUCGCUGAUACGUUCACUCUUCGAACCGUUCAGAAUAAUUUUCAGCGGAAUCGCACAAGUUUCUUUCGAUCAAGAAUCACAGGAGUAAUGGCAGCGAUCUAAAGAUCGGUGGUGCGUCCGACAUACGAACGAAAACAACUCGCUCGAACGACACGAAUCGACGGUCGAUCGAUAUCCUUGGAAUAAUGUCAGUCCCUUACGUCUGUCCUCGUAAGAAGGAACUACACCAAAAAAUAAAAAAAAAAUAAUAAAAUAGCAAAGUAUACAGAAAGAAAAAUUGUUCGAUUGUAAUUCCCGUACUGAUACCAAAAAAUCGGUAUCAGAGGGUUGAUGAACGACCUCGUACACUAAGGAAAUAGGAAAUCGGUCGAUCUCAACGAAGUUACAGCGGUUUUGUAUCGCGUGUACACGCAGAAACCAGAAACGCACCAUGAAACGACUUUUAUAGAGAAACGAUCUGUAUGUAUAUCACGCUGUAAAUAGGUACAACUGUCAUUUACUGUAACGUUAAGGAAACGAAACGGAAUGUGUGAGCGAGCGAGAGAGCGCGUGCAUCUUUGCCGAGAGUGUAAUACAAUCGAAGGACGUCUCGUAGACGAAAGACACCGAUACUGCCAUCGAAUCGACUUCACGAUCCUGUGUGAUUGAGAUUCUUCGGAGCAACAUCCUUAUAACCGAUCGUGAUCGUUAAUAGAAGUGGAUCUUCGACGCUAGCAAAUUUACUAUAUCGCCUUUCGAAUCUUUUAUUCAAUAAUAUUCAGUUCUUUUUAUAAAAUUCAGCAGGACUGUACUGAUAAUUGAUCGGUUUUGAAGAAUAAACUAUAGAAACGUGGAUUUUAUUAAAAAAUUUUUUUAAAUAAUUAGAAAGAAUGGAAUAUAUUAUUUUGAGACUUUUAGCAAGCAUUAUCGUACUACUGUUUUAAAAGCUGUAGUUAUAGUUUAAUUUAUUACUAUCAUUUGUUUCAAUAACAAUCUUCAUGGUGAUAUUUUAUCAAGCGCAUUUUUCAUGAAAUGUCUAAAAAAUACGAUAAAGAAAUCGAAUUAAGUUUUUAAAAAUUAUUUAUUUACUUUGAAUUUAAUGGCUCGUUUCAAAAAGGAUGAAUUAUGUGUGUAAUUCCAAUUUCUAUAAAUUAAUUCAUCAUAAUUAGCAUUUGCUUAAAUAUGUAUGAGUCGAUGAUAAAAAAUUCUUAAAAUGUACACAUCAAUCUUUCUGAUUAUUGGAUAUAGAUUUUAAAAAACUUUCUAAUAACAUUUCCAUUUACCUUUUAAAACCAAUCGAUUAUUACGACGGAUCCUGUAUGUCGUAAAAUUUAAAUGACUUUGAGUAAUUUAACUUUGUUUGGUAACUAAACGUGAUAUAAAAGGACUGAUUAAGAAGAAUGACAUUUAUAUACUGUAAAUGUUCAUCUCGACAUAUAAAUAUUAUAAAUCAUAUUGCUGACAUUACGUUGAAAUUUCUUGUUAACAAAUGUGACAUUCGUUAAUCAAUCCUAAUUAUUGGGUACUAUUAAAUGCGAAGCAUUAAAAAAUAACAACAAGAUUAUAAUAAAUUUUAUUUUUAAAUUUACCUUUAUUAUGAUUGAUUCUUGUAUCGGCGUGAGUGAUUAACGUUCUGAGGUACCUAUGUAGUUGUAAUGCGAGACGUAUUCGUCUCGUCGAUCACGAUCGUUAACCUGUAAACAAUAAUGUCCAGUCUGAUCGUUCGUGUGUUAAUUUUAAGAUAUAUGUACACGGAAUCGAUUCCACGUACGUUUCGAUAUUAACUUCGAUUCCAAGACUCACUUAAUAAUUAACGUUUCUUUUUUACGUUACGCGAGGAAAUAACAAUAGUAUUUUGUAAGAAAUUGAAUAAUGUCUCAAAGAUCAUGUGCAAGGAUAGACAUUUUUAAUUGCAUUACGUCGUUUACGAAAACUGACGGUACAUUUGCGGAUUUAUUAUAUUUGUUGUCCAUUGUUUGAAUUUUCGUUUGAAUUCAAAGAAAUGGAUGAACGUUUCCUAGUGCCAUUAGUUCUCGCGCAUGAUCAUUAUAUUUAAUCUGUAAAAUAGUUUAUACUAUUAAAAUAACCGAUUUGUACAUUACUUAUUAUUAACUAUAAUUUUGCACAUUCAUUGCAACAUUAUCGUAGGUAACGAAUAAUUAAUGUAUUUAUAAUUUAAGGGUUGUUUAUUUAAUAUUCGAUGAUUGGAUGACUCACUGAAACUUUGCGACGUGUCGCCGAAAUAUCAUAAAAAAUUUGUUUAAUUAAUCAGUAACGAUGAUUGACAGAGUCUGCCUCUGAUUGUUUCCCAAAAAAUUAAUUGUAAUUAUAUAAGCAUUAACAAAAAGGUGAAGCAAAUUGUAAUACUGUAAAAUCGAUACGAAUAAAUCGAAACCAAAACGUGAGGGUAAAGUAAAAGAAAUAUGUAUACCUACUAAUUGAAGUUUCUAUAUUUGUUACUGCACUCCUCAAAGAAUGAAAAUAUGAAAUUCGUUCGAUUGCAUAACAAUUCACGUUAAUUAUUAUGUGCUAUGUUUUAACUUUGAAUAAAAAAUGGCAUGUAAGUUAAUUUACUGAGUUGCGUGAUUCUCCUUACAUCAAGUACUCUCCACGAAUUAAGUUUUUGAUGUAAUCUUGAUGCAUUUUCCACAAAUGAAUUAUAUAAGACUGACAUACGAAAGAAUUCGUUUUAAAUUGAAAACGAAAUAGUAUAUUACAUCUAAAGUAAUUAUUUAAAAAGUUUUAUAUAACAGCGUAUUUUUUGGUAUAAUUUAUUUAUACAUACGGCUUCCAUUUUCUAUGAACAUUUUAUGAACACAAUUUGUCUGUCUGUUAUAACACUAUAUAAUAUUGCUGUGAAAAACAAUACGAUUUUAUUUAUCACACAUACAAAGGUUCGUUUAAUUGAAAAUGAUCAGUAAUUGGAAAACAAGAAAAUUGAAUAAUGUGAGCUCAUACAAUAAACUUUUAGCAUAUUGCACAGCAGAUUGAGAAAAUGUUUCUUCUAUAUUUUUAAUUACAAUCAAACACAUUUGACUUUCCAGAAUAAAUGUUAUUGAAUUGAAAACAAUUUUAAACAAUGCUGAAAUGAAUUUUAAAGCAUAUAUUAAUUAUUUCAGCAACAUAUAUAAAUGAAAAGUUAUACAAAAAUGAAACCUUCCAAAGAAUCUCGAAUAUUCAUUAUAGGAUUUUGCAAUUUUCAUAAAUUUAGUUCGUAAAACAGAUUAAUUAAAAUUUUCUUUAUAUUAAACAGUUGGAAACAACUGAUGAAACCUAAAUUGGUAUAACAUCAGUUAAAGAAUAAUCAAAUUUUACAUAAUCAAUUAUUCAACGCAAUCAUUUUCUCAUGUUAGAUUAUUAAACAUCGUUACUAUUCAAUUGAUUAGCGCUCGAAAAAAAGUACGCAAUACUUACAAAAUCUGAAUACAACAGUGCACAUUCCAAGUAUAAUAAAUCAUUCUCCGCAAUUGUGUUCAUCACGUAACAAGAGACGUAACAAAAGCUCGAGGGUAAAAAUAGAUGAUAAAGGAGCUAUUAUCAUAGAUCGUCGAGCAUAAAUCAAUUUUCCGAAAAAGCUUCAUAGCGGAGAUGAAAUACGGAAUAACGGGCUAGAAAAGGCGUUUCUCGAGCGCUCGUCGUGCCUCAGUGAGUCAGUCAAUUAUUUCGACGUCUUCGAGAAGAGUGAAGGAGAGCUGUGGUGUUCCACUGAUUAGUUCCCGUGCUGAAAUAAUCCGUUGUGGCCGUGUUUUUAAUUGGUCCGGCUUAAUUAAGCCACUCGUGCGGGAUUGUUGCGAGUCGCACGGAUCUCUUGGAAAAUUCUAAUUGCCGGAAGAAUGUUGGCACUCAGUUCUUUCUUUUUUGCUCGUGUACGUUUUUGAACCAUUCCUUCUUCCGUCGCUAUCGGAAUUCUCUUUCCCUCAGUUCUGCGUUGAAGGUCAGGUACUAUACUAAUAGCACGUCGAUAGAGGUUUCUUUUUACUAAUUUUCAAUCCUCAAAUUUUCAAAAUUUCAUAGUUGGAAAAUUAUUUGUUCGUAAAAAUUUUAGUUAGCAUGGUAGAAUUUACGAAACUUUGAAUCUAAUGGUUAUUAGUUUAUAAUAUUGAAUGGUUUCUCGAGUUACAGCGCAACAUGAAAAUAUUAUUAAACUUUAUUAAACGUCUACUGACGUUUAGAUGAGUUUGAAUUUAUUAGUAGAUUUAUUGCUAAUAAUAGUUUUUAUUAUGUUUGGUACUCGUAUCUGUUUUAUAUUUUAAAUAUUUGGAUUUUCUUAAAAGUAUUCGUCAUUUGUUCCAUUACCUUAUUUAUAAAUGCAAAAAAUUCGUGAUCUACUGUGAAUGAAUCAGUGAAAUAAAACCAAUGUAUAUUAAAUACUCUUUCCUAGAUUGAGUCAUUAGUAAAAUUAUGUUACUCACACAUAAAUAAUUUUUUCUGAUCUUAUUAAAUAAAUUAUUUCAUGGAGAAUCAUUUUGUAUAUAUAUAAACAUACAUAUUGGUUUACAGAAAUAUUAAAUUUGAUCAAGCAAGUUUUUCUCCUUAUUUCACAUUAUUAUUAAAAUUAUUUUUUCUUUGUAAACAGGGAAUCAGAUGUGGGACAUGUAUACUCGAUUCGUAGUAAUUUACCGUGGGUCCAAUAUAUCCCAUUGGUACUGGCUCAACAAAAUAAAAUUGAAAUGUAAUAAUGUAUUUAAUGAAUUACGGUAUGUCGAUGUUUCGAGAGUGAAUGGGUUGAUAUUGUUUGUAGACUGCGCAACGCACCAAGUAUUCGGUUUUUAUAAAUAAAUCUUAAGCGUUAACGAUUACGAUAAGUUAGUGGCUUAUAUUGAUGUUGAUGUUUCACUAUUUAUUCAUGUGUCACUGUGAACAUUUGAAAUCAUCUUUGAAUUUUAAUCUGAAAAUUUCUAUUCAUAUGUUAUUCAAUAGGAAAUUUCUUUUUCAAGGAGCAUAUAUUUUGAAUCUUAUUCGUCAUAGUUUAUUUCCUUAAACUAUAGUAAAUUAUUUACUUUUAAUAUUUAAUUUAUUGAGAAAACUAGUUUUCGUUUUUAUU